CUUUGAAACUGGCCGAAACCUUACGCUAACGGUUACCUGUUGUAAUGGCAUUGUUUUACAAUGUAUCCCACAGGUGGCCGACCUUUCUAUUGGACUGUGCAAUCGAUUGGCGGAGCUGUCAGCGAUAAAUCUAGGUUUUGUGCCUAUAUAUGAUCAAGGGCUGGGCACCGGAACACGGCUCCAAGCCGUUUACCGUGUGUUUCACACAUUUCGAAUUUUCUGUUCUGCAUGUAAAAAGACGUCACUUUCUUCCUACCUUACGCCCGCUUUCUUCUUACCUUCUUUCUCUGGCGCUGGCUGCAAAUUUCAAUGGCUUCCCUCGGUAUCACAACUAUACCCCACGAGCUAUUAGGAGAGGUUUUCGUUCGCUGCUCAUACUAUUCUGCUGAUGCACCCGUCAUUCUAUCCACGGUGUGCCAACGAUUUCGUGUCGUAGCAAGGAGUACCCCUCGUGCUUGGCGUAGUUUACGACUUUCCGUAUGCCAAGAAAAGGAGCGCCAGACGAUUCGCAAGGCUAGCCUCUGGUUUUCCCUCUCUGGCAUCUGCUGCCUCGACUUGUAUAUCGACAUCGAAGGGCAGACAGCCAACGUACCCGAAACUCACUCACUCCUGAUUGCAUUUCUCCAGCGUCACACGACCCGCAUUUCUUCUCUGAAUGUCCGUUCAGAAACAGAGAAGGCAGCGCAUUCUUUCUUAGACGCGUUGUACUUCCCCCUUCCAUUCUCUCCUUCUCCGACCCAACUACCGCUAAAAACAUUGAGGCUUCGCGUGGCGUCCGACACUCCGGGUCUUCCUGCCACUUCGGCCGCUACGUCCGUAUUCCAUACCUUUACCCACAUUCCCCAUCUGAAAUCUCUACAACUGACCAAUCACAAAUUGCCCUCACUUUUCACGCCGGAUUUUCAUAAUCUCCAGACCCUGACUAUUGCUCGUCCACUUCGUGCCCCUCCAAUAUCCGUUCAACAACUGUUGCAGAUCGUACAUGCUGCACCUUUCCUCGUGAACUUGGAGAUCGCAUCACGCGUGGUCCAUGCGGAGACUCACCAGCCCCUGUUUGAGGAGCUGUACCUUCCUUACUUGAAGAAUCUCUCGUUGAGGACAAACGAGGUACCUUCACUCGUUGAGGUCCUCGUUGCUCCGAUAUUGGAGGAACUUCAUAUCAACGAUUUGGACGGAAAGCGACAUGGGGCGUCUGCCGAGUUAACGCAGUCAUUGCAGACUGUCAGCCGCAAACUCAUGUCGAGGGGGGCGUUGGAUUGGUGUGUCAAGCGUCUGUACAUCACCGGACUUUCGCUUCACCGCGAUGAUCCAGGAGCUCAGACAUGGGAAUGGUGUCUUGGACGGGCGAGGAUGUUGGAAGAGCUUUCUGUUUCUAGUAACGACGAGGAUUUUGAAGUGUUGGUCAACUUCCUUGUGGGGGAAUAUGCAGGAAGCUGCGUAUGUCCCCUGCUGAAGAUGAUCCACGUCAGUGGACUCGAGUCUUUCGACGGGAUGGAUCGGUUGAAGAGGGAGAGGCCCGGUAUUGAAGUAAUCAUGGAUGUUCUGGGAACGCGUGGAGUUACUUCGCGGAGUUCGUCGCGAGAUUCUUCGCGUGACCGACGACCAUGCAAUGGGUUGGGAGGAGGUGGUAGUGGGUUUGGAUUCGGAUUUGGUUCACGGUUCGCUAUUCAGCGCAAUGGCUAUAAAAUGCCGGCCACUGGGAGCGAUGCAAAACUCAAAAGGCAGCCAGUUCUUGCUGUCGACUGUGAAGAUUGGUAGAUUAUUUGACUGAUCCCAUCCGGUUUACUUGUUUUAUUUGUAGUCCUUUAGUACUUUGUGUGCGUGA